AUGCCCCCGCCAGACUCGUUCACUUCUGAUACCUUUGGAUUCAAUGACGGCCGCGAGGCAGGUUUAAGGGACUACAUCUUCUCCCGUGCUGACGUCGAAACCACGCUCCGCAACAACCCACAAGCCAUCAUCGACGCCAUCAGCGCCUACACGUCGCAAAAGGGAAUGAUCACACUAGGCCGCGUCAAGAUCAACAAAUGCACCGAUCUGCUCGCCCGACUUGACCCAUCCCCCAAGACGCUGGUCGAACUGGGGUGUUACGUGGGCAUGUCCGCUCUGGCAUGGGGGGACGCAUUGAAGAAGUUGAACGCCACAACGACCUCAGACCAGAGCCAGAUCCCAAGCCAGAUCCCUUCUGGAGGGGCAUCGCCGUGCAAAGUCUUCACGACAGAACUACACAAGACAUUUGCGUCCAUCGCCCGAGACCUAAUCGCUCUUGCGGGUCUCGAUGACACCGUUACUGUUCUCGAAGGACCCGCGAAAGAAAGCCUUCGCGCCCUCAAAGCCACGGGACAAAUCGACACGGUGGACGUCAUGUUUUUUGAUCAUUGGAAAGAUGCAUAUCUCCCCGAUCUUCAAGCGUGCGAAGACCUAGGGAUUUUUCGCAAGGGUAGUCUGAUCCUAGCUGACAACACCGACAUUCCCGGAACGCCCGACUUUAAUCGGUACCUUGAAGACUCGUCGACCGGUCAAAAUAAAGGAAGGUCAGGGUACCAGUAUCACGUUGAGAGACAUGAGACAGAGGCAGAAAUGGGCCUGCCAAUGUCGUCAGCGUGCCCUGAGAAGAAAAAUGUGAAGAACUGGUGGGAGGUGUCAAAUUAUCGAAACUCCGGCAGCCCAGGCAGUCAGUUCAGUAUCUAG